AUAUGGCAAUGUGGAGGGGGUGCUGCCAUGGCAACCCCCGCCAGCUCUCGGAUUACCGCCUUUGCCUUUGGGAGAGUGAACCUCAGCCGUCGCCAUCUUUGUUUCUUUCCUCCACACGUCGAGGCGUCAAUUCUUCGUCAAUUCACCUAUUAAAUGUACGUCCAUUCCGGAUAUAGUUACACCUCUCUCGACUGGGUGUAAAAACGCCUUGCUUUGAGUGUGGAAACGUCGAGAAUAUCCCCCUCCCCCUGGUUGUCGCCGAAGCGCUCUCGAAUGGGAGAGAGAGAGCGAGAGAGCGAGCGAGACCUCACCCAGUUCGUUAUGGCGCAGCAACACUUAUUAGAAGCUCCGUCCUUUGUGUGUGUGACGAGAAGCCAUUUUGAGAGCCUGCUGAACUCUUAAAAACCUACACGCCACCUCAUGGCUUUAGGACAAGAAAGGGGUGGAAAACAGAAUAGUCCCAAGAUUCUCCCCCUCACCCCUAUAAGACUCACGUUUAAAGGCUUGGAUUACAUAUUUUUGAAUACCAGCUGGAGAGAGAUGCUUUGCAUAUUGCCCCAAAAACAGAUGAUGGUUGAAGAUGCAUUACUCGCUGACUGGGAGGAUGACCUUCCCCCAUUAAUGACAUUAUUAGAGGAUCCCAAAGAAGGAAACUGGAAUCCUCUCACCUCUGCAUUUCAAGGCCCGUUUUUACUGCAUUUCACCAAAGGUGUUGAGUAUUAUAUGGGUGUGCCCGUGACCAAGUUAAGACAAAGAUGGAUUCCAGGCAGAGGAAAAAAGGCUCAAAAUGUCACAGGGUAAUUACAUCCAGCACACUCUUUCUCUCUCUCUCUCUCUUCCUUCUUCUCAAAUCCUUUCAAAGGAGCAAUCUUAAGGUUUAUCAUAGUCCGUGAGAGGUUGAGGAAAUCAAGUGUAAGAUCCCUUUUUUGAGACAAAGGAAACCCAGCUAGGCCCAUUAAGUCCCCCUGUUUUUAAGCAGGAAAAUGGCUGCCGAGAGCUUUCAGGGCCCCCCUCUCUCUCUGCUCUGUUGAAGGACUCCUGAGCCGUGCCUCUAAUAGCAGACCGCUCAUCUGGUGCUGAGCUCUGAUUGGUUACACCAGGCUGCCGCUGUUAACCAGCCAAUUGCCCGAGCACUGCAAAAAACAGCAAGCAAUGUCAAAGAAGGGGAAAAAAAACAUUGUCUGUCGAAAAACCUACAACAAAAAACAGCAUGUAAAGAAAAUAAUAGCAACACGGCGUCUGAUGACGAUUUAACCGCCUUUGAAGCUACGAUCUGUGGAAAUGUGCACUAUUAUGUUUGUUCAGCGGCUUUAAAUUGAUUUUGAAGGUGUCUGCUCAAAAAUAUUAAAACACAUAGUCGCGCUGAUAUUUUUUUAAUAAUAGUUUAGCGGCACAAGUAUUUUUGCCAAAUGCAGCAUAAUGCAUUUGUCAGUUGAGUAAACGCGAGUGGCAGAUUCGACACGGCACAUAUUCGAGCAGUUAAACGACUAAUAUAAUUUCCUAGAGUCAGUUAUAUAUGUAUUUAACCGGAUCAUCGCGUAGGUGAAAAUAGACAACACGAAAUGGUGUUUUGUUAAAUAAAAAGGCGACAUAGAAGUUUGUAGCGAAAGUGCGGCUCAGCGUUCGACAUGGGCAAAGCCUAGCGGUGUAUUGUGGGAGAGACAGAAGCUACACACAUACACACACAAUAUGUGCUGGCUCUCGCCGAAAAAGCAGGCACUAUUCCUCAAGAUAAAUCAUGUAAUCUAAGCGGCGGGAGGUGAAGGUGAUUUCUUUAUCAAUUCAAGACAAAAAUCCCCUCGAUCGGACCAGCCAUGUCCAAGCCGGGGGAGCGAAACAAAUUGCACGAAGACCAUGGCAGAAAGCAGAGUUCAACGCUGGCCAACGGCACCGACAGUCACCCGGUGUGCGGUUCGGCGGAGAAGCGGAGUCACCACUGGAGAAGUUACAAGUUGAUAAUCGACCCGGCGCUCAAGAAGGGAUCGCACAAGGUCUACCGCUACGAUGGACACACGUUCAACAUGCCCAACCCUGGGAUACCACCGGUGGACAUCGUUCGAGACCCCAGAAUCGGACGUCUUUGGACCAAGUACAAAGAAACCGACUUACCGGUCCCCAAAUUUAAGAUCGACGAGUGCUACAUCGGCCCCGUGCCUCCAAAGGAGGUGACGUUCGCUCGUCUGAAUGACAACAUCAGGGAGGGCUUCCUCACUGACAUGUGCAAGAAGUUCGGGGACAUUGAGGAAGUGGAGAUCCUCUACAACCCGAAGAACAAGAAGCACCUGGGAAUUGCUAAAGUGGUCUUUGAGAGCGUCAAGGCCGCUAAGGUGGCCGUGCAGUCGCUGCACAACACGUCCGUGAUGGGGAACAUCAUCCAUGUGGAGCUUGACCCCAAAGGUGAGAAUCGCCUUAGGUACUUCCAGCUCCUGAUGAAUGGCAGCUACACUCCGCGGACUCUUCCUGUCGGCGCGGAGGAAGCAAGGGAAGUCUCUCCUCGUAGCCUGGCGGAAGCCUUACUGGCAUACGAGCCAAUCCGCAGGUUAUCUGAAAGCAGCCUCUCUGCAGCGUCAGGGCCCGUGCCACCCAGCAGCAGCAGCUCCACCACACCGCUGUCCCUGGAGACGGGCUACUCGAGCCUUAGGCAGGACACGCCCCAGUCCCAGGGGACCCCACGCCAGGCAGGCACGCCCUUCUCUCAAGACUCCAGCUACUCCAGUCGUCAGUCUACGCCCGCGUACCAGUCCAGCCGGGCAGAGAGUUCGGGAGGAUACAAGUCCCGGAGACACGAGAGCAAGUUCCAGGAUGCGUACAACCGUAGACCGGAGAGGCCUCAGUAUCGUAGCAACAUGUAUCGGAGUACGUCGUCUGAGCAAGCGCCCUUUAAACAGCAGCAUCUCACCCCGCCGGAACCGCCGCCAACAACUCCGUCUUUCACCUACACAGCACCUCCCCCUGCUACGCCAAAUUUCAAGUCGGCUUUCUCACCCUACCAGGCUCCCUUGCCACCAGCUUUCCCAGCUUCGGAACCCACGUUUCAUCACCCAGCCCAAAGGGAGGGUGAGUACCACAGACCGCCACAGCCGCCCCCUGUAGCUCCUACUGACUUUCCGCCCGUUAAGGAUAGACCUGAAACGCCUCCCAUCCCAGAGCCCCCACCCGAACCGGGCCCCCAACCAACCACGCCGCCUCCUCAAACCCCCGAGCACUGCCCCUCACCCGGUUCCCCGGCCCCGGAUCCAGAGCGCAAUAGCCUGGACUCUCGUAUUGAGAUGCUCCUCAAGGAGAAAAGGACUAAACUGCUGCCCUUCCUGGCGGAGCAAGUCUCGGACACUGAGGUGCGAAUGGAAGGAAGUCCCAUUUCCUCCUCGUCCUCACAGCUCUCCCCCAUUCCCCUGUACACCGCUGGGACGCAAAACUCCCGUCCCUGUAGCACAGGCUUGGAGGACAUCAGUCCCACACCACUGCCGGAUUCAGAUGAGGACGAGACGAUACUUGGGACCGCCUCGCUAGUAAAGAGAAUUGGCUCUCCUGUCCGUGAGAUGACAAGCAACAGUGAGGUGAAAGAUGAACUUCCUCGGGACCACUCAGAAACUGACAAAAUGGACACGAGUCAUCAGUCGUCGGGAGAAGACAUGGAGAUCUCGGAUGAUGAAAUGCCCGGCACGCCAAUCACCGGUGGUGAUUGUAGCAAAGGCAUUGUCGUAAAUUCUGCCGUGUCCCCCCUCCAGACGCUAGCCCUCCAUCCCCCCGGGUUCCCCCACCUCGCCCACCAGGCCGGCUUCGCCAUCCCCCAUCACCACCUUGGCCCCCACUCGGCCGUGCCGGGGCACCACCUCGCUGCUCACCCCGGCGUGCACCCACACAUGCUGCCGCAUAUGGCUCACUACCCGCCAAACAUGAUUCCGCUGGUGCAAAUGGAACUGAUGAGCUGUUUGCGGUGGGAACAGUGGAGUACGGUCCCCAUGUCCUUUCAGAUGCAACAGCAGAUGUUGAGUCGCAUGGCUCAGACACGUGGCCCUUAUCCCUAUCCACAUUUUCUGGAUAGCGCCGCAUCAGGGCCAUUUGUGGGACCCUAUCCGCAUUUGUCCAUGGGGGCUGCGCACGGUGCAGCAGGGGCUCCCGGGCAACAGUGGCAGCAUCACAGUAUACCUAAGUUCAACCCAACUGUCCCUCCUCCUGGGUAUGAAACUAAAAAGGAGGAUCCCCACAAAGCCACUAUCGAAGGUGUCCUUCAGGUCAUUGUCAAAGAACUGAAGGCUAUCAUGAAGAGGGACCUCAACCGUAAAAUGGUGGAGGUGGUCGCUUUCAGAGCUUUUGAUGAAUGGUGGGAGAAGAAAGAACGCUCAGCAAAGGCGUCCUUGACUCCAAUUAAAGGUGCUGAAGGGAAAGAAGAAGAAAGACCGAAGCCUAAAGAGACAAUAGGUUCGAGCCUGCUCGAGAACUGGAACAAGGGCGAGGGGCUUGGCUACGAAGGAAUGGGCCUGGGAAUUGGUUUGCGAGGAGCCAUCCGGUUGCCAUCAUUCAAGGUCAAAAGGAAGGACCCACCUGAGGCCGCCACUGCGGGGGAGAACAAACGAGCGCGACCCUCCACCCCAGUGGAAGACGAGCUGGAGGAUGAAGACCGUGAGCGAGACCCGGCGGAGCUCCCCUUGGACGACCCCAAAAUGGGCGCCGAUAGUAUCUCGGCCAAACGAAGACACUCGCGCCCUCUGGAGCUGGACAGCGAGGGCGAGGAGGAGGUGGACACCUCUGGGAAAGAGGAGGAGUCACUUGGGGACAGAGAGGAAGAGCCAGAUGAAAGAGAGCCGGCUGACCGGCUGUCUCCAAGCAAAAGCGGUGAAGAGGAGGGUGGCAGAGAGUCAUCUAGUGGGAGUGCAUCAUCAGACUCCUCAGCUGAUGAGUCCACAAGUUCAGGGUCCUCCAAAAGUAGCUCAGACUCCUCAUCAGAGAGCUCAGAGUCUUCGGAAUACGAGUUGAGCUCAGAAGAAGAGGACUCGGAGGUGGAAGUCGAAGAUGAGGAUGAGGGCAAAGGUUCCAAGAGCUCUUCGUCCUCGUCGUCUUCUUCGUCCUCGUCCUCUGAUGAAGAAGGGGAGGCAGGCUCCAAGCCGCCGAGUCCUCCUGCGGAGGUGACUACAAACUCUAUGGAGGAUCUAAGACCUCCAAGACAUGAGGAAGGGGUACCCGAGGGCCUGAAGCCACCGUCACCUAAAGGUGUUCCCGUCAUAAAGGAAGGCGUUUGUGCAGUGAAGUCAGAACAUCAGGAGAACUUACGGCCGCGCACGCCAACAGGCGCCCUGCUUGACAGCAACCAUGAGAGCAAACCCAAAGGUAAAGCAGAGCCUCAGGAAGUGGCCCCCCAGCCGGGCCGAUCAGCCCCGUCCCACCUCGAUUCCACAACAGCCACACCCAGAUCCACCUCUGCCUCUUUAAUGCACCUCCCUCUCCCGCCUCACCCGACAGUAGAAGAUCGCUCCCUCCUCCACCCGCCUUCCGCUCCUCUGCCAGAACUCCCUCAGCGGGCUCGGCUCCCCACGGACGAGGACAUUCCCCGAACACCUGGCAGGGACCUGAUGGAGCGUGCCAGGAGUCUGGGCAAGUCUCAGAGCACGGACACGGUGCCCAACACCCCAGGUAGUGACGCCCCGCUGACGGGGAGCAGCCUGAUGCUCAGCUCCCCUCACAUUCCUGGUAGUCCCUUUUCCUACCCUGCACAGUCUCCUGUCCUUAGCGCUGGAGUCCCUCGCACUCCUGGUAGAGACUUAACCUUCACCCCUGUCUUCCCCGACCCCUCAACACUUGCUCUUAAUCGGAAGAUUUCCUCUGAGAGCCUGGAUGAUAGGCCUCUGUUUAAGGAGCCUCCCAUCAGCCACUUGCCUAACCAAGCCUCAUCAACAGGUACCGAGCCUGCAGGCAGCCUAUCAGAGGAGCUCCCCGUGGGCUUCACAGAGGAGGAUUCCGACGUGUUCGACUGCAUCUCCUCAAAGCGUAAACCCGGGCGACCCAAAGGCAAAAAGAUCCCCGCCGUCUCUGUCUCAGCAGUUGAUGAGUCUUUGGAUCUGUCGCCUGAAUUGACAUCUUUAGCCAACAACACGCAUAUCCGAGACCUUGCCAUGCAGAAGAUGUCCUCCAAGUCUCCCAGUCGCCCCAGUCCAGACUUAAGGGCAGGUGAACCUAAGAUGGUGCUGUCUGAAGCCGAAGACGGAUUCCUCUCCUACGAAGACGACACUCCCGUGCCCAUAAAGCCUGCUAGGCGGGCGCGGCGCAAUUGGGAGGAGCUGUUGCUCGACAGCCUGUCGCCCGUCACCACGCCACCGCGGGCGUACUUCACACGACGCAGCGACUUUGAGGAGAUGACCAUCUUGUACGACAUCUGGAAUGAAGGCAUUGAUGAGGAGGACGUACGGCUGUUGCAAGUCACUUAUGACAAGAUGCUGCAACAGGAUAACGGCAACGACUGGCUCAACGACACACUUUGGGUCAACCAUCCUCCCACCAACAUCCCCCGCAUUAAGAAGAAGAGGCGGGACGACGGUAUGAGGGAUCACAUGACCGGCUGUGCCAGAAGCGAGGGCUACUACAAGAUCGACAAGAAGGACAAGAUCAAGUACCUUCAGAGCACCCGGCUGCAGUCGGAGGAGCCGCCCGUGGACACACAGGGCAUGAGCAUUCCCGCACAAGUCCACGCCUCCACCAGGGCAGGAUCGGAGCGGCGGUCCGAGCAGCGGCGCCUGCUGUCGUCAUUUGCGUGCGACAGUGACCUGUUGAAAUUCAACCAGCUGAAGUUCCGUAAGAAGAAGAUCCGAUUUUGCAAGUCUCACAUCCAUGACUGGGGUUUGUUUGCCUUGGAACCCAUCGCUGCAGAUGAGAUGGUCAUAGAGUACGUGGGACAAAACAUCAGACAGGUGAUUGCGGACAUGCGCGAGAAACGCUAUGAGGAUGAGGGCAUUGGCAGCAGCUACAUGUUCCGUGUGGACCACGACACCAUCAUCGAUGCCACCAAGUGUGGCAACUUUGCACGCUUCAUCAACCACAGUUGCAACCCUAACUGUUACGCCAAGGUCAUCACUGUGGAGGCGCAAAAGAAGAUUGUGAUCUACUCGAGACAGGCCAUCAAUGUCAACGAGGAGAUCACGUACGACUACAAGUUCCCCAUUGAGGACGAGAAGAUCCCCUGCCUUUGCGGCGCGGAGAACUGCCGGGGGACGCUCAAUUAAGGCCAAAGGGUCUUUUUACUGCACUCAUCACAUGUUGAUUGUUUACGAUUUAUGGUGCUGUUCAGUCGGACGUGUCUGGGGGGGGGGGGGGUUAUUUUAAUUUUCACGUCUCCUUCUCACCCCGGUAUUCCGCCACAUGUGCAGCUGCUCCCAUUGACACAAAAAGGAUGGAAGAAGAAGCAAAGCCUUCUUUUUCCAACUCUUGAUUCUGCCUCUGGACUAAUUCAUCACACGAAUCAACUAGAAUGACCACAAAGGGGCAAACCCUCCGUAAUAAGUGAGGGGACAAAAAUCCUUAAAUGUUAACCUACUUAAAACCAACAACUAUCACAUCAUGCAUUGAUACAGAAUUGAUGCAUUUUAUCCAGUUAUAGUGUUCUCUUCAAGAGUAUUUAUGGGCACAUACUGUAAGUGUUCCACAACGUGCAAUGCAGCGUCCCCUGUGGGCCCGCAAUGCACAGGCAAUCAUGUAGUCAUCCUGAAAAAAAAAUUAAGCUUGAAGUGUGUGAGAGCUGACUUCAUCUUGUAUUAUUACAACUCAGUGUUUAAUACCUAAACAAAUCAUCAUGGCACUUCCGCUUUAUCACCCCCUGGACAUCAUAUUUUACUUUUCAUCUGGUUGCUUUAACAAUAAUUGAGUUUUUUUUAAAUCCAGUGAUGUGAAUAUUGUAUACUUGUACAAAAGACCUACAAGCUUUUUUUUUUUUUUUACACAGUCACGGGGUCACACUUUUAAGAUUUCUUUUCUAGUAAAAGACUGACUAUUAAAAAAAAUCAGGGAAUUUACAAGGAAUUAAGUUUAUUUAAGGUUAAAGAAAAGAACAAAAAAGAGGAAAGAAAGAAGGUCCACUGUGUCCAGGAAGUCACCAUCUCCCCCUUUUGGAAAGAUUGUUUCUUGUAGAAACGUCUUCUCUUAAUUGUCCGUCUUGCUUUGUAAUUCUCUUUAAAGUGUGUACAUAAGCUAACUGUGAAUAUUAUAUAAAUAUAUAUAUUUUUGUUCCCCAGGGAUUUGCUACACACAUCAAGAGCUCCGAGAGCUGUGUAACAAUAUGAUUGCGAGCAGUGAGCUUGUAGCAGGACAUUUUUCAGCUUGUGUCAAGCUUUUGUUUUGUUAGGUUUAUUUGUAUUGUAAAUUCUAUGAAAAGUUGUUUUGUGGUGUGGAGAGAAAGAAAAAGUGCAUAAUCGGCAUAGGAAGAGGACUGAACAAUCAGCCUGCUCCUCUUUGUCUAUUUAUUACAUAACAAAUGUAUGAAAAUGUUCAACAUGGAAAUAAAGCAGUUUUGCAUACAUCCAUACAGAAUUUCUUUGGAGAAAAGUGAUUAUAAUUUGACGUUUGGCAGCUCUGCAAUCUGAAUGACAUCUCAAAGAACAAAUCGGCAUGAUUACUCUUAAUGUAUUUUACGUGUAUUUUUUAACCUGUGAAAUGACCCUGUACCCUGAAGUUUUUAUAACAACUGACUCCUGGCUGAAUGUGACUGUGAAUGGUUGUCUAUAUGU